AGGUUGGACUGGUGGUCCAGUCUCUGGAACAUGAAGAAGCUCUUGCCCAAAGUCAGUGGAAGUAGGACGGAAACCGAAAAGAACCUUGGAGGCAGUGGGGAGAUGGCGUCUGUGGAGCCGUGCCCAGGUGCUGGCAGCGACGAGUGGCAGGCCAUUCCCGUUAAGCAUGGGACGAACUGA